AAGUAUUUACUCCCCUAUGACAAGUGUCACAAGUUCCCCGUGGGAUCAAAUCGAAUGAAAAACGUGAAUAUAAAAAUGUGUAAUCUUGUUUAUUGUCAUGAAGACUGAAGAAUCGUAAUUUUUUUAUGUUUGGAGCAGUCCCCAGUAUUUUGAAGCAUUUCACCCUCAACAUUAUUCACAUUCGGAGUGUCUACGGUGUAUUUCACAAUCCAAAUCGUCGGAUUUUCUACGUGAAACUAAACAAUAAUGAUCGCGCAGUACUGUUGUAUAAAAAAGACAAUAACACUCUUGAUAUGCGAUCAAUUAACGUUCCAACUGAGUAUCAAGGACGCGGAUUGGCGAGAAUUUUAGCUGAGGCAGCUCUAACUUACGCAAUCGUCCACGACUACCGAAUAAUCCUCACCUGCAAGUACAUGCAGAACUUCUACCUCGCGACAAAGAACCGAGAGUUGGAGGAGCGUGUCAUCGGCCCCUCCAAUCUCCUCUCCCCAUCCGCAAAAUCUCUCCACCCCGACACGAUCGACGAUCUCCCAGACCCACAGGACCCCGUGAAUUCACCCAACAAAUAAUUCUCCCACAUCAUACCAAAAAUGGA